AUGGGGGACACGAGACACGGAUAUCCAAAAGACGAUACUUUUGUAGCAGAAGGAGAACAUCCAUACGAUUUUGUUGUGAUGAGAAUUUUUAGUCGUAAGGUCUACGCUAUCUUAGCAGCUCAGGUCAUAUCUGUAGUUGUUUUCGCACAGUGUAUCUUCCGCUGGAAAGCAGCAUCAACAUUUAUUAGCGGAAAUGACUGGCUGUCUCCUUUGAGUGCUGGAAUUGAAACAACAUCACUACUAUUCCUUUUGUUUUCACCUUGGAGUGCCAGUUCUGAAACACAAGUCCUAGAUGAAGAGUCGUUACUGAAAAAGAAUACCUCUGUGAGAUACUAUGAAUCAGGAAGAAGGCAACAAAUAGUCUAUUUUAUCUAUACUUUAGCUUAUGCUUAUCAGUUCACUCGGUUAUCCUUGCUAAAUGAAGAUUUCGAUGCGCGGUUCAAGGCUUUGAUAAUCUCUUCAAUGAUCGUGUUUCUUAUUACAGAAACCGUUUGCGAUACAAGAGUUGGAGAGAACGUCCAGUUGAUUAUUUCAAAGAAAGUUUUGGUGCUAUGGAUUACCUCCAUCUUACUUGGGACUGUGUUCUUUGUCAUUUCAAUCUAUAAAAAUAUUGUUUGUUCUUUAGCGUAUAAUAUAUGGUCAACACUGUUCUUAGGACUGUACCCAAUUUUCAUAUUUGCUUCUAUAUUGCGCAAUUUUGGUCCAAUCAAGGGUUGCCCAGACACAGUUUUUCUUUUUAUAUGUAUUAUUACCAUUUUUCCACCGUUUCUUAAAUGGAUCAAAUGA